GCUUGUUGACCCAUUUUUUUGGGAGAAAAAAGGAAGGACUCUCUCUCUCUCUCUGGUUGUUGGGUUCACUUGCAGAAAAAUGGCUGGAAAACUCCACGACUUUGAGGAGGUAGUGAAGCACGAUCAGAAAGGGGAUUGUUGGCUUAUCAUCUCUGGGAAGGUGUAUGAUGUGACAGCAUUUCUAGAGGAGCAUCCUGGGGGUGAUGAAGUCCUUAUAAAUGCAUCAGGGAAGGAUGCAACAGACGAUUUCGAAGAUGUUGGGCAUAGCGAUGAUGCACGAGAGAAGAUGAAGGAAUUCUACAUUGGGGAAAUUGACAAAUCCACUCUUCCAGUGAAACAAAGCUACACCCCUCCAACUGUUUCUUCCACAGCAAACUUGGACUCGGGCGAUUCAUCCAAGAUACUGCUAUAUAUCGUGCCCCUGUUGAUAUUGACAGUGGCAUUUCUUCUCCGUUUCUACUCUAAAAAGGAAUAGGUUAAACAAGUGCAGCAAACAACAAACUGCUUUCUCUAGAGUGUGUUGAUUCACUGAGUCUAAGCUAUAAAAUAAUUGGCCACUAACGUUAGGUGGUCAUAUAUUUCUCAUUUGUCCCGAGUUGGGUGUUAUUGGUUAUUGAUAUCAGUUCCGGUAGCUCUUGCAGUCUUGUGUAGCUACAUUGCAUGACUCUUUUGUAUUUUGUAUCUUUCAAUAUGAGUCGCACGUAAUUAAUUAA